UCCCCCUCCAUGUGACUGAUCACAUGACUUGUGACAUCAUCGCAGGUCCUGUAAGCACAGAGCAGUUCUAUGGCUGCAGGUCCCUACAAUCCAGGAUCCUCUCAGCUGAUUCUUCUAUAGAAGAGAAUAUUCCUGAUCGACCAUCAAUGAUGGAGAAGGACAGAGACAAGAUGGCGGAGAGGAUAAUACACCUCACCAUAGAGAUACUCUUCCAGCUUACCGGAGAGGAUUACACGGUGGUGAAGAAGACCUCUAGGGGGCGCCAUCAGGCCCCUGUGUGUGAAGGAUGGGGAAGAACCCUGAGGCCAAUCCCGGGGCCUCCACCUCACUCCCUGAUACAUGAGGAGAUGAAUGAGCAGAAGAUCCUAGAACUCACCAACAAGAUGGUGGAGCUGCUGACUGGAGAGGUUCCUAUAAGGUGUCAGGACGUGGCCGUCUAUUUCUCCAUGGAGGAGUGGGAGUAUUUAGAAGGACACAAGGAUCAGUACAUAGCGGACAUAGUCAUGAUGGAGGAUCAGCAGCCCCUCACAUCAGCAGAGAGAUGUCCCCGUCCUCUUCCUCCAGAGGAUUCUUCAGAAGGAGAUGACAAUGUCCUCCAGGAUUAUCAGUUUAUGGAUCAGAGUAAAGAUGUGAAGAACAUUAAUGCUCCAGACAUAAUGGUGAAAGAGGAGACAGAUGUGAGGGGUGAUGAUCCGUGUACAGAGGACGUCCCUACAGCGCCCCCGCCAGAUGACGGUACCAGGAGAUCAGAGGGUCACCUGAUGUCUUCACAUUAUAAAGCAGAGGAUGGCGGCAUUAUACAAAAUACAUAUAAAGAACAUAUGACUAACCCAGAUCUACCCUCAAACCUUCACAGCAAAGAUCUGUCAUCUGAUGAGACUGUAACCCAAAAUAGAAAUCCUACAAGAACGCAUACUGGGGAGAAGCCAUUUUCAUGUUCAGAAUGUGGGAAAUGUUAUAACCAGCCAUCAUCUCUUGUUAAACAUCAGAGAAGUCACUCGGUGCCAAACCAAUUUUCAUGUUCAGAAUGUGGAAAGUGUUUUAAAAGGAAAUCACAUCUUGUUACGCAUCAGAGAAUUCACACAGGGGAAAGGCCAUUUUCAUGUUUAGAUUGUGGUAAAUCUUUUACCCAGCAAUCACAUCUUGUUAAACAUAAGAAAAAGCAUACAGGACGACAACCAUUUUCAUGUUCAGAUUGUAAGAAAUGUUUUAACCAGAAAUCAGAUCUUGUUAGACAUGAGAGAAGUCACAAAGGGGCAACUUCAUUCACAUGUUCAGAAUGUGGGAAAUGUUUUGACCAGAAAUCAACUCUUGUUGUACAUCAGAGAAUUCACAAAAAGGGGGAACCAUUUUCAUGUUCAGAAUGCGGUAAACGUUUUAACAAAAAAGCGCAUUUUAUUAGACAUCAGAGAAUUCACACAGGGGGGAAACCAUUUUCAUGUUUAGAAUGUGGGAAAUGUUUUAACCAGAAAUCAGUUCUUGUUAGACAUCACAGAAUUCACACUGAGGCAAAGCCAUUUUCAUGUUUAAAAUGUAAGAAAUGUUUUCACCUAAAAUCAACUCUUAUUGUACAUCAGAGAAUUCACAAAAGGGGGGAACCAUUUUCAUGUUCAGAAUGUGGUAAACAUUUUAACAAGAAAGCGCAUUUUAUUAGACAUCAGAGAAUUCACACAGGGGAGAAACCAUUUUCAUGUUCAGAAUGUGAUAAAUGUUUUAACCAGAAAUCAGUUCUUGUUAGACAUCAGAGAACUCACACAGGGGAUAAGCCAUUUUCAUGCGUAGAAUGUAAAAAAUGUUUUAACAAGAAACUGGAUCUUAUAAGACAUCAGAGAAAUCAUACAGGGCCACUACCAUUUUCAUGUUCAGAAUGUAAGAAAUCUUUUGACAAAAAAUUAAAUCUUGUCAGACACCAGCGAAUUCACACAGGUAUGAAGCCAUUUUCAUGUUCAGAAUGUGGGAAAAGUUUUAACCAGAAAUCGAAUCUUAUUAGACAUCAGAAAAUUCACACAGGGAAGAAACCAUUUUCAUGUUUAGAAUGUGGUAAAUCUUUUAACCAGUUAAACAAUUUUGUUAAGCAUAAGAGAAAUCAUACAGGGCCACAACCAUUUUCAUGUUCAGAAUGUAAGAAAUGUUUUAACCAGAAAGCAGAUCUUGUUAGACAUCAGAGAAUUCACACAGGGGAAAGGCCAUUUUCAUGUCCAGAAUGUGGGAAAAGUUUUAACCAGAAAUCCGAUCUUAAGAGACAUCAGAGAAUUCACACAGGGGGGAAAACAUUUUCAUGUUUAGAAUGUGGUAAAUAUUUUAACAGGCUAUACAAUCUUGUUAUGCAUAAGAAAAAUCAUACAGGGCCACAACCAUUUUCAUGUUCAGAAUGUAAGAAAUGUUUUAACCAGAAAGCAGAUCUUGUUAGACAUCAGAGAAUUCACACAGGGGAAAGGCCAUUUUCAUGUUCAGAAUGUGGGAAAUGUUUUAACCAGAAAUCUCAUCUUGCUAAACAUCACAGGAUUCACACGGGCAGAGUCCUGUGCACUAGACUCUUCCCCCUCCAUGUGACUGAUCACAUGACUUGUGACAUCAUCGCAGGUCCUGUAACCACAGAGCAGUUCUAUGGCUGCAGGUCCCUACAAUCCAGGAUCCUCUCAGCUGAUUCUUCUAUAGAAGAGAAUAUUCCUGAUCCACCAUCAAUGAUGGAGAAGGACAGAGACAAGAUGGCGGAGAGGAUAAUACACCUCACCAUAGAGAUACUCUUCCAGCUUACCGGAGAGGAUUACACGGUGGUGAAGAAGACCUCUAGGGGGCGCCAUCAGGCCCCUGUGUGUGAAGGAUGGGGAAGAACCCUGAGGCCAAUCCCGGGGCCUCCACCUCACUCCCUGAUACAUGAGGAGAUGAAUGAGCAGAAGAUCCUAGAACUCACCAACAAGAUGGUGGAGCUGCUGACUGGAGAGGUUCCUAUAAGGUGUCAGGACGUGGCCGUCUAUUUCUCCAUGGAGGAGUGGGAGUAUUUAGAAGGACACAAGGAUCAGUACAUAGCGGACAUAGUCAUGAUGGAGGAUCAGCAGCCCCUCACAUCAGCAGAGAGAUGUCCCUGUCCUCUUCCUCCAGAGGAUUCUUCAGAAGGAGAUGACAAUGUCCUCCAGGAUUAUCAGCUUAUGGAUCAGAGUAAAGAUGUGAAGAACAUUAAUGCUCCAGACAUAAUGGUGAAAGAGGAGACAGAUGUGAGGGGUGAUGAUCCGUGUACAGAGGACGUCCCUACAGCGCCCCCACCAGAUGACUAUACUGGGAGCUUGGAGGGACAUCUGAUAUCCUCAUAUUAUAAAGCAGAAGAUGGCGGUAUCACACAAGAUAUAGAUGAAGAUCAUGUCAUUAAUCCAGAGAUACCCUUAGACCUUCACAGAAGAUAUCUAUCAUUGUCUGACACCUCACAGACUGUAAGACAAAAUAUAUGCCCUAGCAGGGAUGUAGACUAUGACAUAGCUUCAACAGGGGAGAAACCGUUUCCAUGUUCAGAAUGUGGGAAAUGUUUUAACCAGAAAAUAUCACUUAUUACCCACCUGAGAACUCACACGGGGGAGAAGCCAUUUUUAUGUUCAGAGUGUGGGAAAUGUUUCAACCAGAAAUCGGGACUAGUUACACACCAGAGAAUUCACACAGGGGCAAAGCCAUUUACAUGUUCAGAAUGUGGGAAACAUUACAAUGUGAAAUCAAAUCUUGUAACGCACCAGAGAACUCACACGGGGGAGAAGCCGUUUUCAUGUUCAGAAUGUGGGAAACGUUUUGCCAUUAAGAAAACUCUUGUUCAUCAUCAAAGGGCUCACACAGGGGAGAGGCCAUUUUCGUGUUCAGAAUGUGGGAAACUUUUUAAGGUCAAAUCGGAUCUUGUUACACAUCAGAGAAACCACACAGGGGUGAAGCCAUUUUCAUGUUUAGAAUGUGGGAAAUGUUUUAGGAUGAAAGUGGACCUUGUCACACAUCAGAGACAUCACACAGGAGAUAGUCCAUUUUCGUGCACAGAAUGCGGUAAAUAUUACAGGGCCAAGUCAAAACUUAUUGCACAUCUGAGAAGUCAUACAGGAGAGAAGCCUUUCUCGUGUUUAGAAUGUGGUAAAUGUUAUAGGGUUAAAGCAAAUAUGAUUACGCAUCAGCGAACCCACACAGGGGAGAAGCCGUAUUCCUGCCCAGAAUGUGGGAAAAGUUUUACAUGGAAAUCCAAUCUUGUUGACCAUCAAAAAAUUCACACAGGAGAGAAGCCAUAUUCAUGUUCUGAAUGCGGGAAAUGUUUUACCCACAAAAAACAUCUUUUGAAACAUCAAAGAACUCACACAGUGAAGUAGCCAUUUUCUUUUUAAGUUGUUAAAUGAAGUCACACAGUAUACAAUAGAAAGCGAAAGCCGUAUAUUAUAAUAAGUAUAUCAGAUAUCCAAAAAGUAAAUAGAAUCCACAUAACAUUAAUAUUUAUCUAUAUUCAUACAUAUUUAUUAUGCCUGGAAGUUCUAUGUUUCUAUAU